AAAAGGAACAGGAGGGAUUUGAACAUAGGAGUGGAGAGCUGAUUUUGGAGCGGAGACUCUGCAAGUGGAUUCCCUACAUCUUAUUGGCGAGCCAGCGAGAAGAAGGGGCCAACAACUCGUAGAGUCAUCUGAGAACUUUUUUGGCUGAUAUUUUCCUCAAGAAGAGAUUUCUUCACCUACGAGAGAGAAGACUGACCAGAAAACUUAAUUCCAGACGUGCCACCUUCUUCUGUGAACCGAAGGACCCAGAAAGAAUCACGAUUGUGAGUAUAACUGGUUUGCGAAAUCAGACGUCCGCUGAGACGAACAGUAAAGUAAUAUAGGAAAUGGGGAGUAAUUCAAGACUUCGGCAUGAGAAUUCUGCCUAAGGUUGACCUGUUUAUUAGUAAUAGAGGGUAAACAGAAGGUGUGUUUGUAGAGGAACUGGGCUUUGGUAAGGAAGCACCAUCAGGAUUCGCCACAUUGUAACCCUGUGUCCUUGAGAGAAACCACCACCGUAGGUAUAUUGUGUACCUUUUAUACUGUGAGAGUUUAAAUUUAUACUCAGAACCUACAAUGAUGGAGUGGGCCAUCGAAUAUGUUGCAAAGCAUUGCAAGAAGGGAUCAUAUGGAUCUCUCGCAGAUAAGUUAGACCCUCUAGAGUGGCUAGAGGAGGCAUGCAGGGAGAGGAACGUGAAAUGUUCCAAGAAAAAGCAGAGGCAUGCUAACGUGUUACAGGCCUUGCUGGAAGGACAAUGAGAAAUUAAGGGCAGACUUGCAAGUUCGCAGUCUGAGUGUACUCAGCAUAGAGCAUAGGAGUACAAUCGGUGAAUUGAGGGAUUUGUUUUGGAAAUGAAAGCGAAGUUUCACGGUUUCAGCUUCGGGUCUGCACAGAAACGUUUUCUAACAGUGUGGUCUGAGGAAUCGUAAAAGAUAUGCGUUAAUAUAUCCUAAUUUGAAACAUAGUUGAAUCCCCAUUUCUCUUGAUUCGGCAAUUUCAGUUUCCCGAAAGUAUUUGAUAGAAUAAAUUCAUGCAUUUGCCUACUGCCUGUAGCAAUCAGUGUUAAUCUGAUUUUCAGUUUUAAAGUUCGAUCAGGGCUAAAUGACAAAUUAAUUAAUGUAUGUCAUUAAAAUUACCCUGGCAUGAUAUUUACAUUAUAAAUGUACCGACAGACAAAGCAUUUUUAUAGAUGCUAAUUAUAUAGAAACAGAUUGCGGUCCAAAUAUAUAAUUACGACAUAAUAAAAAAAGACUUUCACGUGCACGUGUAUGUUUCCGUAUCACAUUCAAUCAGUUAUUUUUGAUAUAAUAAAUACAUACAGUUGAUGUCUGCAACAAUCUGUGUAACCUUAUUCAGUUGUAAAAGUUAGAGCUAAAAGAAAUUGAUUUACGUAUAUUGGUAAAAGAACCCUGGCAUAAAAUUAGCGCGAUAUAUGCAUUAUAAAUGAAUCACUAAGUAAGAAUGAAAUAUUGUUAAUUUGAGGGGUGCCAAAAUGCUAUGUAAUGUGUGAUUUUCAACCUUUUGUUAUAAAUAAUAAUAAUGCCAUAGUGCACCUUGCACGGAAACAUUUUGUACGCUACAUAUGAAACAUUGCAUAGCUAUGGGCACACAAAAGACUGUAGAUUACUCCGGACGGGUGUGCAUGAAGUAGGAUGUGCAGUUAUGAGCACUCAAAAGUGCUAAUUACUCAGUCUGUGGGCGUGGCUGUGGGCAUGUUCUGAUGUAACAGAAUAAAAGUUGACACAUAGAUCCAGGUUAAUCAAUUGAUUUCUUCUUGGUACUGUGUGGAGUGAACAGGCACUGCGAUGGCAAACAAGAAGCAGUACACCCCUUCGGAAGCUUUGGCCAUCCUGAAUACAAUGAAUGAUUGUGACUCUGAUGGUGGCGAAGAACUCACUUUAAUUGUUGAAGAAGAUGAAGAUACGGAUACAGAUGGGCACUCGGCCAUGUCAGCAGAUGACGAGGAUGGUACAUUAGAUAAAGAGAACAGCAGCCCUCCCCGCAAGAAACAUGUGGUAAUUCAGAAGGACACUGCCGGUGGACUUUGCAUGAAGGCUAAAGAUGGCACUGUUUGGGAAAAAGAAGAUGUUGGACGUCUCCCUGCCAGUGAUCCCUCUGCAUGCUUUUCCUUCAGUGAGACAGCAGGGCCUACAGAGCACGCCAAGAGUAGAAUCACAAGCCGACUGCAGAGUUUUCUGUGUUUGAUCGACAUAGGGAUGCUGAUGACCAUCAGGGAUUGCACGGUCCAUGAAGGCUGCAGAACAGACCCCAGCUGGACCCUUUCUCUCUGCGAGCUGAUGGCAUUCAUAUCAAUUUUGUUCACGAAAGCAACGACAAGCCCAGUUGGUGCAGUGGUUGAUGCCUGGUCUGAAUUAUUUCUGGUGCCAGCAAUCAGGAAUACAAUGUCCCGUGACCGCUACCAAGCAAUCAUGAGAUAUUUGCGCUUUGAUAACAAGGACACCCGUGCAGAACGAGCAAAAACUGACAGAUUUGCAGCAAUUUCAGACAUCUGGCAACGUUUCAUUCGUAACUGUAUUUCAAGUUACAACCCAGGCCAGCAUCUUACUGUCGACGAGCAGCUGUUUCCGACCAAGGUCUGUUGUCCUUUCUUGCAAUACAUUGCUACAAAGCCUGAUAAAUUUGGUAUCAAGUUUUGGAUUGCAGCUGAUUUACAGACCAAGUACAUGUGCAACGCUAGUCCGUACUUGGGAAAAGAUCCCAGUCGUCCCACGGGAGAAAGACUUUCUGAGAAUGUCGUCACAAAGCUCAUGGAACCAUAUCUGGACAAGGGCAGAACUGUUACAACCGACAACUUUUUCACAUCUCUGUCUCUGGCUAACCGACUACUGAAGCGCAACACGACUCUGCUUGGCACCAUAAAUAAGAAACGACGGGAACUUCCACCUCAGGCUAAAGAUGUGUCAAGACUCAAGGAAUUAUCCACACAAGUGUUUAGAACAGGCUCUGUUAUUCUGACAGUGUAUGCACCCAAAAAGAAGAAGUCUGUCUGCAUUCUGAGCACCUUUCACCGGAACGUGGAGAUCGGCAUGGAUCGGAAAGAAAAACCAAACACGGUCACAGACUACAACUGUAUGAAGUGUGGUGUCGACAUCAUGGACCAGAAGGUGCGUGCGUACACGGUGCGUGCAGGAACACGCCGGUGGCCAGUUGCCGUGUUCUACAACAUCCUUGACCUGGCAGCGAUGAACGCCCACAUUCUGUACAAGGCAUGUACAGGAUCCACAGAGAAAAGACGAGUGUUCAUGGCCCACCUUGCAGAGGAACUUCGGCGUCGAUUUAUGCAAGAAAAAGAGAUUGAAAAAGAAAUGAAGACACAGCUUAGACAAGCUUCUGUUCCUCAGCUUGCCACUGGAAAGAGGACUCAGUGUCAGGUGCUCCGUCACUGUAAUAGGAACCACAGUACAGAGAGAUGUGUGCAGUGUGACAGGUACACCUGUCGCAAGUGUAGGAAGGAGGGUCCUUGGGUGUGUGACGACUGUUAGUGGAUAGAAAAGGUUUUGUAUCUUUUGUGUAUGUGCUUAUUUUGUGUAAUAAAUGUGUAUGUUCCACUUGAA